UUCAUUCUUAUUUGAUUUAAGGAGCUGAAAGUAACGUGAGUUUAAUUUCUAUAGUUUAAGUCAUGGUUGUGUAAAAGAUCUACCUUACAGAUCUUCAGCCCUCUGAUUAUACCUGCUAUGAUGGAGACCUUCAUCUACAUGCUGAACAUCCCCACACAUGCUCCUACAGACUUGAGGAAUAUCAUCCUCAACAAGUCUGAGGAGGGUUACACCUUCAACAGCUUCACUCUGCAGCUGGAGGGCCUGGAUGUCUCGGAGGAGUCCCGAUUGGCUGCCUUUCUUUUCAUCCUUCUCUCCUAUCUGUUUAUUGUUGUUGCCAAUGUUGGGAUCGCUGCUCUGAUUUUCCUGGAUCAGAGGCUUCACCAGCCCAUGUACCUGCUGUUCUUGAACCUUUCAGUCAACGAUGUUUUAGGGAACACCGUUGUUCUGCCCCGUUUGCUCCUGGACAUCCUUAGGCCGCCCUCUGACCGCCUCAUCGGUUACUAUGAGUGCGUCCUCCAGGCAUUUAUCAUACACAUGUUUAACACUACGUCCCACACCUUGCUCAUGAUCAUGGCCUUCGACAGGUAUGUGGCCAUCGGUAACCCUCUGCGUUACUCUGUAAUAAUGACCAAUAGGAUGCUGGUGAAGCUGACGGCGGGCGCCUGGGGGGUGGCUCUGGUUCUGGUCGGGAUUCUGCUGGGUCUGACCAUACGGCUGAACCGAUGCAGGACGUUCAUGAGAAGCAUAUACUGUAAUAACGCUGCAUUGUUUCUGCUCUCAUGUGACAAUAUUUUCAUCAAUAACGCAUACGGGCUGACUUUCACCGUGGUUCUCUUCACAGCGUCCAUCGGCAGCAUGGUUAUCACCUACACUAAGAUAACUGUGGUCUGUCUGACCAGCAGGAACAAUACUUUGAACAAAAAGGCAUUAAAAACCUGCAGCACCCAUCUGCUUGUUUAUCUCAUCAUGUUCUUAAGCGGAAUAAUCAUCAUUAUUCUGCAUCGCUUUCCUCAAUAUGCUGAGGCCAAAAAAAUCGCUGCUGUUUUGUUUCAUGUGGUUCCUGGAAUCCUCAACCCCCUCAUUUAUGGUCUGCAGUCCAAAGAGAUACGGAAAUAUUUCUCAAGGAUGUUUUCCUCAAAUAAAGUUUUGAUGUCAUCUUAAAGAAGACUGACUUGGUCUGAAAGCACUUUUUUUUUUUAAGAAACAACAAAUGCUAUCUUCAUUUGUAUGAAAUGCUCCAAAGGCUAACCAAUGAUUAGAACAUUGUAUAAUGUUUAAGGUUAGAAAAAACCCAGCAUGUCUUCCCUCUUUUGUUCUCUCCUUUCAGCAAAUCAGAUGAGAGGAAUUGAUGUGGUGAAUCCCAGCAGCAGACCUUUUGUUAACAAUAUACCAUCUCUGUUACUAGAACCCUUUCUCAGAAAACACUUUAGAUGCAAUUCUGGUUGUUUUUUUUCAUACGUUCUUAUCAUAAUAAUCAGAGAAGAAGAGCAUGACAUUGAGAAGAAACACUCCUUCAGCACCUGAAACAUUUUUCUGGAGCCCUUUUCCCUGCGUUCAAGUAUUACUCCUUUAUCUGUUGUCACUCUAAGCUACUCUGGGAUGAUGAUGGAGUCAUGGCUGGUUCCUACGAGCCCAGAUCAUCAGCCUCCACUGCCGUGCACAGCACGGGAUGAUUAGCUGUGGUUGCUUUUCUCAUGCUGCCCAUAUUUACAUUAAUGCUUAAAGGCAACUACAAUAUCACAUCUACCUUUGUUAUA